UACAGAGCAACUAUCAGCAUGUUUUCAUUUAACUCAAAAUAUAUUAUUCAAGUUGACAAUCUGUUUACAGUGAAAUCGUGCCUAAAGCGUUAGGUUCCUUCAAGAGCGGCGCCUGGAGCGUCCAGUUAUUUGUCAUCAACAGAAGCUGCUAAUGACAUUCUUGAAAUUCCUAAACAUUUGUGAAAGAUGAUUUAUUUGAAUCAGUUUUCAUGCUCAGACUAGUCCAUUUAGGAUCAAACUGUCUUUACGUUACAUCGUAUCUUUCCUUGCUACGCUUCAUUUCUGACCCGGCCACUUAUCUCGACUAGUCUGUCAAUACGUGCACAGUUCAGUACAGAACUAGCGUUGAUGCCAACUCUACAUUGAACAGCUAGACAGAAAGACAAGUUGAUUAUCAUGAGAACCUGCAUUUUGUGGGCCUCUCUGUGGGCUUCCCUGCUGCACUCUGCCUGGGCCGCUGUCGACGUCCCUGUCACCAAUCACUGGAACGGAGGCUUUCAAGCCGAAACCUGCUUCGACAUCUUUCAGGACCUACAUGCGUGGAAUGUCACGUUGACCUUUGACAUUCCGGUCACUAGUAUGAACGUUUGGACAGCUACUGUUGCUGAGACUAGAGAUGGUGGUAAGGUGUAUGUCUUACAUAAUCAGGCUUGGAACCAGGACGAACAUGUGGGAGACAGACUGUGUAUCAGUUUCUUUGCCACAACAAGUGAAGGCGAUGUGGUUCCUAAAGUCCAAGCAUCUCUGACCACAACUACAGGUGAAGUGACUACACCUGGACCACUGACAGCGGCUCCUGGUCAUACUUUAAAGCCUACUAAUGCACCAGGUACUUUCCAACCUGGAUCCAGGCUGAGUAUCGAUGGAACUCAUUUCACCUACAACAACCAAAGAAUAUUUCUCUCUGGGGUAAACCUCCCCUGGAUCAGUUACGCCUAUGACUUUGGGGAUGGGCUCUUUCAGCAACGUAAAGUCCAGCUGGAGCAUCAGAUGAGAAUGUUACACGACGCUGGAGGCAACUCCAUGAGACUUUGGAUUCACAUACAAGCGGAGACAACCCCAGCCUUCAACAGCAGUGGAAUGGUCAUUGGACUGGACACCAAAGGAACGUUCUUGAGUGAAUUUAUUGAGCUACUUAAUCUUGGACAAAAAUACGAUAUACUCAUCACGCCAUGUCUGUGGAACGCUGCUGUCAACCAAGACGCACACAACAGACUGGAUGGACUUCUUAGAGACCCAGUGAAACUCCAGUCCUACAUUGACAAUGCCUUAAUACCAUGGGCCACCGCGGUCAAAGGUCAUCCAGCUUUGGGAUCAUGGGACAUUAUGAAUGAACCUGAAGGCAUGUUGAACCCAGAAAUCGUUCACGCGGAUCCUUGUUUCGACACCACAGCUUUGAAAUAUAGUGGCGCUGGUUGGGCUGGUAAAAAAUACAACUAUGAACAAUUUCUAAGAUUUCUCAACUGGCAGGCGGCUGCAAUCAAACAGAUUGACCCCAAAUACCUGGUCAGUGUUGGUGUCUCAAAUCCCAGAUUUAACACAGACAAGUUUGGGGAUGUAGACCAUUACUCGGACAGUUGUCUGAUCAAAGCAGGUGGAAAACCAACGGGUGUCAUGGACUUCUAUCAAUUCCACUCUUACUCAUGGGAAGGCAAGUUUGUCAAAGAAUCACCCUUUUUGAACAAUUUCACAGAGUAUGUUGUCUCCAAACCAAUCCUUGUGGGGGAAUUCAACGAACAAGAUGGUGGCGGCAUGACCAUUGUCCAGAUGUUUGACUGGACUUACAAUCACGGCUACGCUGGUGCAUGGAGCUGGGAUUUCGUUGGUCACCCAGAACAGGGGAAUGGCAUUCGUCACAUAAAGGACUUGACCACCAAUGGGGUCAUACCUAUUAGCGUUCAGUGACCUACCUAGCCCACUGUCCUAAUAGCUACUAGCCUGCAUGGCUGCUCAAUAAGGACAAUGUCACGAAAUAGAUGACCUUUACAAUAAUAGGUGCCAUCGUUGUUUUUUGUUUAGACAUUUUCAGUUUUGUCUAAGUUUAGUUUCUUUUAAUUUUUUAUUCAAGUUUCCUGUUAAAACUAAAUGUGUAGACCUACACUGUGGUGGUGUAGUCUCUAGGUGGAAUAAAAGGCCAACGCCACAAAAUAUUUGUAUUUGUUCCUAAAACUAUGCUCUAGUCUGUCUUGUAGAACCGAAAAUUUAUCAUAGGUAGAAAUUUUAAAUGUUCAAUUAUGGCUUAGAAUUGGGCUGCUAUCAUGUCAAUGUCUGUACUAGUUUACAUUUUGUAAUGAGACAGAAGUCAUUGGAUCUUGAGAGAUCAUGUUGAUCUUUGGGUUCUCACGUUGAUCUUUGGGUUCUCACGUUGAUUUUUGGGUUAACAAUUUUGAUUUUUUAGGCUCACGUAAUUAUCUUGGGAUUCAUUCAUUGAUCUUUUGGUUCACAAAAAAUAGAGCUAGUUUGUGACAAUCCUAAGAGCUCAAGUUGCCCCCCUUGACAGGCCUUCUGUUGUUGUGUUUUCUCCCUUAUUCUAUGUGAUACCUUCCAAAACUUUAGAUGCAAAUAAAGUUGUUUUUUUAAUAAACAUUUACUUAAUUUUGAA